AUGUCAGGGCGUGGGAAAGGUGGAAAGGGGCUCGGUAAAGGGGGUGCGAAGCGGCAUCGGAAGGUGCUCCGAGAUAAUAUCCAGGGUAUUACUAAGCCUGCUAUCCGCCGCUUGGCUCGUCGUGGAGGGGUUAAGCGAAUCUCCGGGCUGAUCUACGAGGAGACCCGUGGGGUGCUCAAGGUUUUCCUGGAGAACGUGAUCCGGGACGCCGUCACCUACACGGAGCACGCCAAGAGGAAAACCGUCACCGCUAUGGACGUCGUCUAUGCUCUCAAGCGCCAGGGCCGUACUCUCUACGGCUUCGGUGGCUAGACUUUUCCUUACACCACAUAUCACCCAAAGGCCCUUUUUAGGGCCGC